CCCAUACGGUAGCCACUCGAAAACACAGAUGAUCUCAUUUUGGUUUCAGACUUCUUCUGAAAGCCAAAUUCAGCAGGUUUUUUUUCUCAGAAUGGGUUGAACAUACCUCCUUUAUAUUAAUGUGUCAAAGUUUGAUCAGUGACUCUUCUGGAGUGGAUUCAUCAACAACCAACAACAGAGCUUUACUAAAGGUCCCAAGGCAGUGAUGGAGAUGACCACUAGAUCUUUUCAUCAACUCAACACAACCACUGCACCUGUUUACCAGUACGCUGAGUUGAGACAUUCUCUCAACACUAUGUGUGCCAUUUUUCUCUCCCUGGUCUCUGUCCUCGGUGUGCUCGGGAAUGGAGUUGUUAUCUGGGUGGCUGGGUUCAAGAUGAAGAAAACUGUUAAAGCAGUUUGGUUUCUCAACCUUGCUGUGGCCGACUUCUUCUUUUGUGCACUUCUUCCCAUUACCGUGACAUCCCUGUUACUGUCUCAUUGGUCUUUUGGCCAAGUCAUGUGCAAGCUAAACACCACUUUAGGCUUUCUAAACUUAUCUGUUAGUGUCAGCUUUCUGGUGGUGAUCAGUGUGGACAGGUGUGUUUCUGUGGUGUGGCCGGUCUUGGCUCACAACCACCGAAAUGUACGUAAGGCAUCCUAUGUGAGUCUGUGUGUUUGGAUGGUGAAUCUGAUAUUCAGCAUUCCAUGGUUUUUCUUUAUGGAAACAAAGGAAAUGAAUGACACUAAAGCCAAAACCAUCUGCUUGCACAAGUUUGACCUUCAUGAUGACUUUAAACCAUCAUCUUUCAUUCAGCUGGCAUUAGUCUCCCGCUUUCUCCUGGGAUUUGCAGUCCCCUUCUCUGCCAUCGUCUCCUGUUAUGCCGUCACAAUCCAUCGUCUGAGAAGAAGCAGCACUCUGGCAAGGAAAUCAAGUCACACUUUUAAGAUCAUCACUGCCAUAAUCAUUGCUUUCUUUCUGUGCUGGGCUCCCAUUCACAUUAUGGGUCUAAUUGAACUUGAGAAACACAGAUCUGCUGCUACAAGUGGAACAUUAGAGCAUGUCCUGGCUAUCGGGAUCCCUAUCACCAUCUGUUUGGCUUGUCUCAACAGCUGCCUGAAUCCACUGCUGUAUGUGUUCAUGGGCCAGGAUUUUAAGAAUCAAGUCCACAAAUCUAUCCACAACAUCUUGGAGACUGCCUUCCAGGAAGAAGUUCCUCCAAAUGCAACCACUCAGAACAAUAAGAAGUCAGUGUCUGUCACACAGUUGUAAUGUGAUUAAAGAGAUAAAUACAUUGUACUGUACAUAGUGACUUUAACUGUGUCUAACAAAUAAACUUUUCUUUAAAUUCA